GGAGUCCUUGGAAGUCCUGCCAUUUGCGGUAUGGUUUGGAAAGAAUUAGGGGAUAAUAUCAUAACUGGUCAGUGGAGCGUAUCUAUUAAAACCGGAACAAGCUACCUACCUUGAUGGUCUUAAAAUGUCAGAUGUACUGCUAGUGGCAACCCUUCUUUCUCUCCGAACUCAUGAUGAUGAUGACAUUCAAUUGCAAUAUGAUACAAGACAUCCACUAGUUAUUGAGAAGGUAACAUGUAUCAUGAUUGUCGUCUAUACAAUCAAAUCAAUCCUUCCUUUUAUUGUAUGGGGAUUGAUACGGUAUCGCUGUCAGAUGAUAUACACAAGAUAUUACUGUCUAUAUAUUUUAGCUGGUUACGGCUCUUCUAAUGGUUUGGGAGUGGAUGGAAUGACAAUUAUGAUGCAAAUGCAAGUCAACUUUGAAGUGCAUGGUCUAUCCUACGGUGUCAUCAACGAGAUCGUUAUUUUCGUUAAGAGAGAAGACGAACAGUCAACAGUAUACAGUCCUUUCGAUAAGGAUGAUGAUAGAGGACAAAUAGAUAAAUAA